ACAGCGCGCGGAAGAGGAAAGUCUACUAUGCGCUGCGCAUUCGUCAAAACAAAGCUAAGUUAGCACGGUUAAAUUUAGCCAGCGAGCUAAGCAUUAAAACAGCGUGUCUAACUGUUAUAUCGCUGUCGGAUGUGUGGAAACCGUCCAAGCCUAGUCGUGGUGCUAAUUAAGUUUCGGUUACUUUACAUUUGCGAGCUAGCAGUCGGUCAGCCAGUCAGGUGAAGCUAAAUCGCAGCCGGCUAACUGGUCGUAAAGGUUUACAGUCUAACCUUUAGCUAGCGAAGGUUAGCAAACAGACGUUCUUACGGGGGGGUGGGCUGCGUGUGUUGCUAAGUAGCAGAGAUAGCUAAGUUAAAUUAGUGCCAGCAGUCCUGCCAUCACCUAACUCAUUAAGUGUUUUGAUUACAUUAGAUGAGAUUUCAUAAACAGGUGGAGAGACCAUGCACCAUGUCAAGAUCAAGACCGAGAGGCCAGAUUUAGAGGGGAGCGCUGCACGCAGUCGUUUGGAUGCAGUGUUGCAGGUCCUGGUGGAGAAGAGUGAGAGUGAAAGGGAGCAAAAUGAGGAUGAUUCUGGAAAAAUUGCGACAGACUCCUUAAGCAAGGAUUUGUCUCCAUCAUCUGCAGGGAAACGGCCAUCAACACGGUUCCCACAACACCGCAGGAAGAAGCGAAAAGAGAUGGAUGAGGGCUUACCAGAAAGCAACCAGCAUAAGCAAAAUGCCUACAUCAUUAAGUUGUUUGAUCGCAGUGUGGAUCUUGCUCAGUUCAACACCAGUACCCCUCUGUACCCUAUCUGCCGGGCCUGGAUGAGAAACAAUCCUUCUGUUCGAGAACGAGCAGCAUCUCCAAGUCCCGAUCACAGCAUGGGAGAGGAAGAGGGUACAGACAUGCUCAAUGGAAAGGGUCAGAAUGUGUACAAACUUCCUCCUCCAGCCUCGUGUCCAGUUAGCCCUUCUGGGGAGCCUGUCAACUUGAGGAUCCCCCCAACUGAAAAACCCACAGUUACUCAGCUGACAGACCCAGUUCCUGUUUCAGGUUCCCUGAUACGUGACCACAUGGAACGCUGGAAAAAGAUAAGGCAAAAAUGGAAGGAGUCAUCCAACAAGAAUCAGUUAAGAUACAGCGAGAGCAUUAAAAUCCUGAAGGAGAUGAAGGAGCUGUACGAUCGCUAACUGGCCGCUUUGCACGUCAUCGCCAUAGAGUGUGAUUCCAUGCAGUUGGAAAGGAGCCGUGGCAUCGCAGCAAAAGUUUGAACACCAACAUUUACACAGGCAAACCGAUGUAAGACAGCAUUAUCAGAACCUUAUGCCUUAAGUAGUCCAUUUUUCCUAUGCAUUGCAGGAAAACAAAAUCACAUUCAUUGUUUUAGUUCAUAGCAAUUCCUUUUAAGGAAUUAUGUUCCAGUGUGCUGUGGGACAGUGUUUUUGUGUGUUGCUAAUCUGUGUAUAGAUAUUUAAAUAAAUGAAUUAUCUCAAUAGAAGUAUUUCAACAGAUCCACUGUGACUUGUAUAACUGAACAUUGAAGAGGUUGAUUAAAGGCUGGUUUUCUUUUUCCAAA